GUCUCGCUGUGCUGAGCUUUCAGUGCCGGCGGGCCAGCGGUGCUGACAAGCGGGCGCGCGGGGGGCGCGCGGCGGGCGGGGGGAGUUCCGGUUCCGGUUCUUUGUGCAGCUGCAGCAGCGGCUCCGGGGAAGAUGGCGGCCCGGGCGGGUUUCCAGUCCGUGGCUCCGAGCGGUGGCGCUGGCGCCUCAGGAGGGGCGGGCGCGGCGGCCGCCCUGGGCCCGGGCGGGACUCCGGGGCCUCCUGUGCGAAUGGGCCCGGCGCCGGGUCAAGGGCUGUACCGCUCCCCGAUGCCCGGAGCGGCCUAUCCGAGACCAGGUAUGCUGCCAGGCAGCCGAAUGACACCUCAGGGACCUUCCAUGGGACCCCCUGGCUAUGGGGGGAACCCUUCAGUCCGACCUGGCCUGGCCCAGUCAGGGAUGGACCAGUCCCGCAAGAGACCUGCGCCUCAGCAGAUCCAGCAGGUCCAGCAGCAGGCGGUCCAAAAUCGAAACCACAAUGCAAAGAAAAAGAAGAUGGCUGACAAAAUUCUACCUCAAAGGAUUCGUGAACUGGUACCAGAAUCCCAGGCCUACAUGGAUCUCUUGGCCUUUGAAAGGAAACUGGACCAGACCAUCAUGCGGAAACGGCUAGACAUCCAGGAGGCCUUGAAACGUCCCAUCAAGCAAAAACGCAAGCUGCGGAUUUUCAUUUCUAACACUUUCAACCCGGCUAAGUCAGAUGCGGAGGAUGGGGAAGGGACAGUAGCUUCCUGGGAGCUUCGGGUAGAAGGACGGCUUCUGGAGGAUUCUGCCUUGUCCAAAUAUGAUGCCACUAAACAGAAGAGAAAGUUCUCUUCCUUUUUUAAGUCCUUGGUGAUUGAGCUGGACAAAGACCUGUAUGGGCCAGACAACCAUCUGGUAGAAUGGCACAGGACCGCCACUACCCAGGAGACAGAUGGCUUCCAGGUGAAGCGGCCAGGAGACGUGAAUGUACGCUGUACUGUCCUACUGAUGCUGGAUUACCAGCCUCCCCAAUUUAAAUUAGACCCUCGCCUGGCCCGGCUCUUGGGUAUCCACACUCAGACCCGUCCAGUGAUCAUUCAAGCACUGUGGCAAUAUAUUAAGACACAUAAGCUCCAGGACCCUCAUGAGCGGGAGUUUGUCAUCUGUGACAAAUACCUCCAGCAGAUCUUUGAGUCUCAACGAAUGAAGUUUUCAGAGAUCCCCCAACGGCUCCAUGCGUUGCUUAUGCCACCAGAGCCCAUCAUCAUUAAUCAUGUCAUCAGUGUUGAUCCAAAUGACCAGAAAAAGACGGCUUGUUAUGACAUUGACGUGGAAGUGGAUGACACCUUGAAGACACAGAUGAAUUCUUUUCUGCUGUCUACUGCCAGCCAGCAGGAGAUUGCUACUCUAGACAACAAGAUCCAUGAGACAAUAGAAACUAUUAACCAGCUGAAGACCCAGCGGGAGUUCAUGCUCAGCUUUGCCAGAGACCCUCAGGGCUUCAUCAAUGACUGGCUGCAGUCCCAGUGCCGGGAUCUCAAGACUAUGACAGACGUGGUGGGUAACCCCGAGGAAGAGCGCCGAGCUGAGUUUUAUUUCCAGCCUUGGGCGCAGGAGGCCGUGUGCAGAUACUUCUACUCCAAGGUGCAGCAGAGACGACAAGAAUUAGAGCAAGCCUUGGGAAUCCGAAACACUUAGGGCCUCUCCCACAGCCUGACUUUGGCUGCACCAUUCUCUGUCCGGGCCCUGUGCUGCCUGGCUGCCUCAUAGCACCUGCCUUGGUCUUGCAUGGGGCCUUCCGGGGGAUGCCGUGGGCUCAAGGACAAGACCAGAGUGGAGGGGGGGGUCUCACGUUUCUGUCUCACGAGACACUUAGUACCCUCUUCUCCCACCCCACUUCUCCCUGCCCCCGUCUUCCCUUUGACCCACAAAGUUCCCAGGUGCCUCUGCCCUCCCCUGGUCUGCAUAGGCCCUCUAGAUAGUAUUAGAGAGAAGCUGUAGUGGUAACCAGAGCUCUGGAUGGAUUGGGCCUAAGGCCAGGUGGCCUGCAAGGGGACCCACUACACUGAUCCUGCCCUUCAGAGACCCCAGAGUUGGGAGCUUUGCCCCUUCAUGACUCAGGCCUGGGGGCACUCUAUAAGCUAGUUGAUCUUGGGUCUGUGAUGACAGAUUCCAACCCCCUUUCUUCCUCCACAGGUCUAGAGCAAGCUUGACUCGUUGCCCUCUAGCAUUAAGGGAACCCUGGCUCUUGGCUCCGCUGAGCCCCAGGACAGUCGCAGCCGUCUGGAUCGGCCUGCGGUCUCAGUGUUCCUCUCGCUCCCUGGUAGGGUCCGCAUCAGUAUUGGAGUUUGUUCUUUAACUAGUGCUCCUCCCAGCACUCUCCCUGUAGCUGCUCUUUUUUAGGAUUCCAUUCUAUCUGUCUUAACCCAGGGCAUUUGGGUGGGAAAGUCUUGCCUUUCCCUGUCUGAGCCCUUUGGCUGUGCCCUGAUGCACCGCCAGUCAGCAGAGGCUGUCCCAUCCUGCAGUUGCUUGGAGGUGUGACUGAUUCAUUCCAUCCUGCCUUCCCCAUCCUUUCGUAGAGAAACAGGCCUAAAAUCAAACGGGUAAUAGCCCUGGGGCACCCCUGUCUUCCUGCCCCAUCUGCCCAGCUGACACCCAUGGGUGACCUCUAGGGCACUGAGGAGUGAAAGCGCCUAGGGCUGCAGCAUAACUCUGAGCUGGGUUUGUGACUCCCCUUCCCCUUGCCUCACAGGAUUGUGACUCCCCAGCCCCUGCCCUUAAAGCUUCAGACUCCUCAGGUAGCAGCAGAACCUUGUGAUCUUGGCUCCUUGGAACUGAGAUGGUUUUGCCUCUUUCCAGGAGAGCCUGAGAUUCUUCUUCCAGGUUGUUUUACCCCCGAAUUAGUAUACCCCAGGCUCGCAGACUCAAUACAGCAAGGUGGGAGACAGCUGGGCACGGAGUUCCGCUCAGCAUGGGUGCUAAACCCACAGAACUGACAAAGCCCCUGCUUCCCCACCCCCUCCUCAGGCUCCUGCGAGCACACCCCAGCCCUCUAGCCUUCUGUCUCUGCCUGUUUCACUCUGGGAACAGCAGACUUCUUCCUGUCUUCCCUUCCCAUCACUGCCCCACUCCUCCCUUGAAAGGUUCUUCCCCACAGCGACACUGGACAUCCUCUGUCCUGGGGCCAGAGCCAGGAGAAGGAAGCUCAGCACUCCUAUACAGUGUCCCUGUUGAAGAUAACUGUUUUUAUUAACUGAAUUAUUAUGGUUUUUUUUUUUCAUGGACCAAACUUUUUUUUGUACUGUCCCCUUAACGGUGUCACCCAGUUUUAAUAAAAGAAUCUUCUGAAGGAUGGGUUCCCCUACCUACUAAGGGAGAGCUCUUCCUGGCUCUUUCUCCUUCUGCAAUUA